AACUGUGGUCAGUGAAAUAUACAAGCAAGGUAUUGUUUUUGUGUGCCUUUGAAAGUAGUGUACUUUUCUGUUUUGUGCAAGGCCAAUUUUUCCAAAUGAGUGAAAUCGAUCAAUGUAUUGAAAACUUAUUACUUGUUACCGAAAAUGCCAUCAAGGGAUUCGAGGAAGAAUGUUUAAAACUUCAAACAAAGUUGUCACACACUCUCCACAGUUUUAGGAUAACCCUUGAAAACAUGAGGACACAGCUUGAAGUUAGUCUGAACUCCAAGGUGCCUGAUCCUGGUGUUGUAUCUUCCAAGUAUUGUGUUCUUGUAAACAAAAAUCCUUUGAACGAUCUAGAAACUUGCACAGAAAGCAAUGCCACUGAAAUCCGUUGCCAGGAGCAAUCAAAGGGUGGACUCAAGUUCGAUGUGAUCUUGGCGGACCCUGCAGCAACCCCACCAGCACCCAAGCGGACCCAGUCCCCCACCAGGACUAAGUCUGUUGAGAACAUAGAAGAAAAGCUUAAGGCUGCUGAGGAGAGAAGAUUGUCACUGGAGGCUAGCAAGAUUGCCAGUAUCGCAGCUAAGCUGGCCAAGAUCGAAGAGGCGUCUAAGAAAAAGGAUGAGCAGACCUCUGUCUUCAUCACCCAGACCAAAGAAGCCCUCGACCAGAAAAUGGAAACGCACGUGGAGAAGAGAGACGCCUACAUCAGUGCUUUCAAGACCAAGUUGAAGGACCAUUGGGAUUCAGUGGAGAAGACCCGCCAGAUGCUGGAGAAGCAGACCUUGGAGCUGCGCAAGGAGGUUGAGGAGAAACUACAGACUGCUUCUGCGCAACGCGAUGAAGUGUUGAAGAACACUGUAGACAGAUUGAAGGAGCAUGAAGAGCAAGUGAAGAAGGUGCGAGCUAUCAACAAAGAGAAGUUUGCCAGUCUGGAGAGUCAGAUCCAGACCAAGCUCGAGCAGGCAGAGCAGAGGCGAGUGACCAAAGAGAAGGAACAACUCGAGAAGCUCAAGAGCCAGAACAAAGACAAAUUAGAAGAGUUAAGACUGUCCAGCCAAGAAGAGGCCAAGAAGAUGCUCGAAAUCAUUCGGGAAAAGCUAGAAACUGCCGAGCAAAAACGACUGAAGGAACUCGAACGAAAAAUAGAAAUCGCUAGAAAUAAUGAACGGAGGGCAGAGAUGGUGCGCCAGAAUAAGCGGCUGUCGACCAACCAGGAUGAGCAGAUCACCGCCUCCUCGGGUUAAUCUCGCUCAACACUGUUUUCGCAGCUUCUUGUAAUUCAGCCAGGGUUUUUAUUUUACCAAUUUAUAUUUUGAAUAAGUUAAUUGUACAUUAGAAUUUACAUUGACCUCUUAGAAAGCUGAGCCUCCGGGUGUAAAUUAGACUGAAAUGUGGCUUCUCGCGGCCGUUGUCGCGACAUAAGUAAAGUUGUGAUACAGGAUUGAUUGGCUUUUUGCAACGUUCCGCACAGGUUAACACUGUAAAUUAUACACUGCCUUUAUUAUCGGAUGAAUCAAGGGGUAUGCAAUGAGGUGUUUUAAAAGCUUAUUUUACGAUUAAAUUUAUAAUUGAUAAAUUGUUGGAAAUAAGCUUGCUUGCGCCUUGUGAUAUUAAUGUAAUUACACUUUUAUAUUACUUUUUUUAUAUUUCUCAAUUAUUUAAUGUAAUGAAGUGAACUUGUUUUGUAUUACUAUAUCCAUAUACUACAUUUUUGUGUUUAUUCCAAUAUAAAGAUUCAGAAAAUUGAUAAGUUUUACAUAUUAUUCUUACUUGUUUUAUUCUUUAACAUCAAAGAUUUGUUUGUUUGAGCCGUUGUCAGGCAAUGUUUUUGUACUUAGUUAUUUUUAUCAGAUGUAAGUUGUUUAUCAGAUCAUGUUAUUAUUUUUAAUAAAAUCUUGUUUCUGGCUCAUUGUUUUGUUUCAGUGUUGUAAAUGGUUUCACUAUAAAGUGCCGUUAUUAUAUUCGAUAAUACGAGAGGUUAUGGUGCUGGUUGUUUGGGCAUAUCAGUUCCUUGUAAACUUUAUGUAGUGCUUUUUGUAAUAAGUAAAUUUCGUAUGUGACCAAAAUGUUUGUAGUUUUCAAAUUGCCUUAUACUGUCUCUGUUGCAUAGUUGUUUAAUGCUUUCAGUGACCUUUAUUCUGCCUUAUAAUUCAACAUUGUAUAGUGAGCCAUUUUCUUGCUAUUUUAUAGCUUGACAUACAAAGUGUUUUAAAUAUUUUUAUUGCCUUUCGUGCUUAUGAAUAAAAGAAUUUGUGAAGUAGAUUGUGAGUGGUUUAUCAAAAUAAAGUUUAGUUCACUUCA